AUGGAAGCUGGAUUUAAAUUCCAACCAUCUCCUGAAGAAUUAAUAAGCGAUUAUUUGGUGCCGAAAUCCGGUGGUGAUCGUGUGAAAGGCGUGCCCAUGGCAGUGGUUUCUUGUUCAAGAUGUUGGAAGGUGGGAAUUAGAGCCGAGGUUGAUGAGAAGGAGCUGCGAAAAGAGAAGACAUUUCUUUAG